ACUCCUUCCAGAUCCCAACCCCUAAUGCGCGGCAUCUCGUUCAUGACCAUGGCAACUCUUGCCCUGGCUCACCUCUCCCUGGCUCGUCUCGCCAACCAAAAGGUCAUUGCAUCCGACAACGAUGACAUGACCGAGGUUCACGAAGCCCUCUUCCAAGCCGGCAUCAUCCCCAACGUCAUUUCCGAGUUCCAGCCCGUCCUCGGUCUCUCUGCCUCUUGGUCCAAAGACGCAACUGCGUCGCUCGGCAACAGCCUCGACCCUUCGGCGCUCUCUUCGCCCCCAUCGGUUCAUCUCGAAAAAGCCGGUUCCGCAUCCAACCUCGAGGCAGACAAGUCCUACGUCCUCACCCUCACGGACCCGGACGCCCCAUCGCGCGGCGAUCCCAAAUGGGGCGAGUUCUGCCACUGGAUCGCCACGGGACUCUCCAUCUCCGCCUCGGCGAGCAAGCUCGAGGACGUGCUGGAGUACAAACCCCCCGCGCCGCCGGAGAAGACGGGGCCCCAUCGCUACAUUUUGAUCGCCUUUGUGCCCGCCAACGGGACCACCGAGCCCCUGAACCUCUCGAAGCCGGGUGAUCGGAAACACUGGGGGGCCAGCGCGCCGGGGCACGGCGUCAAGGAUUGGGCGCAUGCCAAUGGGCUCGUGCCGAUCGCUGCGAAUUUCUUCUACGCUCAGAACAAGAAGCAGUAAUGACGGGCAAUGAUUCCGUGGAAGAAAGGACCAG